AUGGCCGAGCCCUCAGCAACAAAGCUCGACCCGGCCGCCGAGACUUCCGCCUCCGCGCAGCCCACGCUUGCAAAGGACGAGACGGAGAAGGUGACUACCGCCGUGACGGAGGACCAGAAGAGUGACGAUAAGACUGAGAAGUCGACAACUGAGGAUAAGCCUGCAGAACCCACCGGCAUCUUGGGAGCGGCGACGAACGCGGCUUCGACCGCUACUGCGGUGGUCAAGGAUAAUGUGUUCAGCAUGUUUGGCGGCGGAGCGAAGAGGGAGAAGAAGGAGGAGAAAGAUGACGAGUCGGCCGAGCCGUCGGGGUCGAGCAAGGCUAACAAGGAGGCCGAGGAAGACGAGCCUGACUCCCAUGAACCUGACGUCCAUUUCGAGCCCGUUGUCCGGCUGACGGAGAAGGUCGAGACGAAGACGAACGAGGAGCUGGAGGAGCAGACCUUCAAGAUGCGGGCGAAGCUGUUCAAGUUUGACAGGGAGUCAAGGGAGUGGAAGGAGAGGGGCACGGGAGAUGUGAGGUUGUUGAAGCACAAGGAGAACGGGAAGACGAGGUUGGUCAUGCGGAGGGACAAGACGCUGAAGGUGUGCGCCAACCACUACGUCGUUCCGGAUAUGAAGCUCUCACCGAACGUCGGCAGCGACCGCAGCUGGGUGUGGAACGCCGCCGCAGAUGUCAGCGAGGGUGAGCCGGAGGCGCAGACUUUGGCUAUCCGCUUUGCCAACAGCGAGAACGCCAACUUGUUCAAGGAGGCCUUCAUCAAGGCCCAGCAGGAAAACGAGGCGCUCUUCAAGGCUUCCGAAUAA